CUCACUAUACCAUCCGUCAAUUUCCACACCAAAACCCCCCCAUUCCACCUCCACCCCAACCUCCUCACCCAAAUCACCACCACCAGCAGCCAACCAACCAGCCAUGGCCGCCCUCCAACACACCCCCAUCUCCCUCCAAUCCACCAAAUCCCCACCGUCCGCUCGAACCCCAAUUCCAAUCAGAACCCACAAACCCAUUCACAGCCUCUCCUUCUCCACCGCAUUCCCAUCCCUCAGACUCAGAUUCGCCGCCACAAACUGUAGCGGUGGCCCCAGAAUGGCCUCUGCAGCAGCCACCAGCUACGCCGUGGCGCUCGCCGACUUGGCCAAGGCUAACAACACCCUUGACGCCACCAGUGGCGACGUGGAGAAGAUCGAGAAGUUCUUCUCCGACCCAGGGGUGUUCGGCUACUUCGUGAACCCCACCAUCGACGUGGACCAGAAGCGCAAGACGCUCGACGAAAUUGCGGCCUCGGGGGGCCUCCUGCCCCACACGACCAACUUCCUCAAUAUCCUGGUGGACUCCCGGAGGAUCGACCUGAUCAACGAGAUCGUGAAGGAAUUCGAGGUGGUGCACAACAGGCUCACCGACACGGAGCUGGCGGUGGUUAGCUCGGUGGUGAAGCUGGAGUCACAGCACUUGGCCCAGAUCGCCAAGCAGGUGCAGAAGCUGACUGGGGCUAAGAAUGUGAGGAUCAAGACUGAGAUCGACCCCAGCUUGGUGGCCGGGUUCACCAUUAGGUACGGGAGCGCCGGUUCCAAGCUGAUUGAUAUGAGCGUCAGGAAGCAGCUUGAGGAAAUUGCUGCUCAGAUUGACUUGGGCGAUAUUGAACUUAGUGUAUGAUUUUUGUUUUUGUUUUUUUGUUUUUUUUUUUGGGGGGGGGGGGGGGGGG